AUGAGUUUAGAGACCAAUGAAAGACAAGAUUCAUACACCAUUUUCGUUCCUGUGGCCUCCGUUCCUACAGAAUCAGGAAUUCAGUGGCCCGACGGAGGCACUUCCCGCACUCAUUUUGUCUUUCUUCCUUCCAGUACGUUCCGAUACUCCGCAAAUAGGCCCAGCAACACGAACCGUCCGUCCGUCCGUCGUGCCCCUCAUGUGGCUGUCUCUCUUUCUGUUUUCUUUUCUUUGCCCGAUUAG